AAUCAUGAUAACGUUUUUGCUUAGAAAUUCAUCGAAGGAAACAGCUUUUUUUUUGUUAGGUUAAUUACGUAACGUUAUAAUUAACAACAUACAUUACGUAUAUUGUAUUACAUUGGACUGAAUUCUAUAGAAUCAUUAUCUGAACUUGGUCAUGGUCUGAGCAUGGUCAUAUAGGGUUUCCACGGUCAUGGAAAUGUAUUAUGAUUUUAAAAUUAUGAUUUUUCCGGGCCUGGAAUAGUCAAAUAAAUCUUAAAACAUUAUGGAAUUUCUUUAUAAAAAUCACAACAACAUUAUUUUUAAAGUUCUUAUCUUGAACAGCUGGAAAAGUCAUGGAAAUUCUUUAGUCUUUGUGACCCCAGAUAGGAAAAAAUUGGGGAUAACUUCAUUUUUAAUUACUAACGCUACUUAAAUGACAUGAAACUCAAAUACACUCUUAAAAUAAAGGUUCCAUAGGGUUUUUUUCCCAGUGAUGCCAUAGAAGAACCAUUUUGGUUCCCCAAAGAACCUUUCAUUGAUCCUUAAAAAAUAACAUUUUUUUUCUUAGUGUGAAGAACAUUUUAAAACCUUUUUUCCACUAUAAAGAACCUUUUGUGCAGUGGAUAGGUCCCAUGAACCUUUAUUUUUAAGAGUGUAGGUUUCUUAUGAAUUAUUACGCCAUGCUGCACAGAGUUUGUAAUGUUACACAACUCAGACAACUAAAAUGAGUCCUCUGAAUAAUGUAUAGUGUUCAGGUUAAGUGCUGAGGGCCUGUGUGGGUCUCGGAUUAUAAUUCUGAUCUGGGGUCUGAACCUCUGUCUCGAAGCAGUCACGUUAUCUGGAUUUAAAAUGCAAACUCUGAGCUGAGAUCAGCUAAAAGCUAGAGGCGAGAGGUUGUUGUUUUCUGGCAGCAGCUACGAGUUUAAUUUUCCAUGAACAAAAGCUUCGAUCAGUUAGUGAGCUCUCUAAUCACUGCUGUAAUUCAUCUGCAGUACAUUUGUUCAGUCAUGCUUUCUUUGAUAUUAAGCUUGAUAUGUGCACAUUUCUCUUAAACUAACUUUCGACUAUAUUUACCCUUUUUGACAGCCAAGGCAUUAUGACACCACUGAACUGAUAUCUAAAUGCAGCUUUCUUAUCAAUCAAAGCAUUUUUGAUGUUCUCCCAACAUUGUGCUGCAUGGAUUUAGUUUUGGAUCAGUAUUCAAUGCAAACGAAUAUCUGAAGCAUGUUUGAGCUGAAGAUUCAUUAAGAUUGUAGGAGUCCAGAAACUUUUUUUUUUUUUUUUUAAAUGAAGAAUGAUUUGUUUCUCAUGAAAAAAAGUAAAACAAACCAACAAAUAGGGCCUGAAUUAAUAAAUACCACUAUUUACAAUCUAAAAUUAGGCUAUGUGUGAAAUGACGUGCAACUUUUGAAUACUUAAAAGUAUUAAAAGUAAAGGUUUAACCAAAAAAAAAAGCAAGAUCAUUUAGAUCACAAACGACACAGGAAGUUAUUUUUUCGAAUUGAAAAGUACGUUUUAUUUUCAUUUUCGGUGGAUAUUGUCGACAGAACUACAACUUCUUACCAAUUCGUUACCAAUUCAUUUAUAAUAAAACAUAAAUAUGCGGCUAUAAAAUACCUAAACAAAACACAAAAGUAGAUUAAACCGAUAAAAGAAGUCUAGAACUUUUGGAAAUCUCAUAUUAUAGUUUUCUGAUUUAAAGCAGGGCAUGGGAAGUCGGUAUGGCUACCUGCUGAUCCACCUCCAUGAACUCCGCAAUCCAGGUGAAAAACUUUCCCGCUUCUUCCUCUUCUCGCAGAAGCCGCGCGCGGUGACUGACAGAUCGACGCGUCCGGCGCUCGUGCUUUCUGACAACUCCGGGAUUUACAGGGGAUUUUAUGCGCCAUCGUUUUAAUAAGCGCCGACAAUUUACAAGAGACACGACAAUCCGCCUAGCAAAGAGACCACUCACUCACACACACACACACACAUACACACACACUCACUUGCUUCAGGCCGGCUGAUCCCGCGGCUUUACGGGUUUAUACUGCUCAGGAAACUCUACUGCAUUUUGGGAUUACACAAAUACCCCUGGACAAUAGUAACAUCGAGUCGACAUCAAGAAGUUUGUAGUCGUCUGUAAGAACAAGCGAGACUUCUGAUUGGCUGUGGUGGGCGGGUCCGCAGGUGUCUUUUGCUCAUAGACGGACAGGCCAUCAAGAAGGUGAUCAAUCUCAAUUCGUCAGCAUUGGCUAUCACCUUAAUAUCACGCGUGGAUACUUUAGGCACCGCAUCUGACUGAGUGCAAACGGACUUUCUGGUCAUAUUGGGAACUUUUGAAGUUUGUGGCUAAUUUGUUUUCUAACAAAUCCAACCAGCUGGAGUUCAGACUUCUCUUCAAAAAAAGUGUUACUUGGUUUUGUGGAUUUUCAGUGGAUCUCAAAGAAAAGAGCACAGAAGACCAAUAAUAUAAGGUGUCUCUCUGGAGCUCAACAAUGAUGUCAUACCUCAAACAGGCCCCCUAUGCCAUGAACGGGCUGGGGCUCAGCGGGGCAACCAUGGACCUCCUCCAUCCCUCUGUGGGAUAUCCGGCAAAUCCUCGUAAACAGAGAAGAGAGAGAACCACGUUCACUCGCACUCAGCUGGACAUCCUGGAGAACCUGUUCGCUAAGACGCGCUACCCAGACAUUUUCAUGCGUGAGGAGGUGGCCCUGAAAAUCAAUUUGCCUGAGUCAAGAGUGCAGGUUUGGUUUAAGAACAGAAGGGCAAAGUGUCGGCAGCAGCAGCAGAGCAGCAGCAAUUCGAAGAUCCGCCCAGCGAAAAAGAAACCCUCUCCGUCCCGCGAGAGCCCGGGGUCAGAAAGCAGCGGUCACUUCACUCCUCCCGCCGUCUCCUCAUCGUCCUCGUCUUCGUCCUCAGGCUCCAACCCCUCCGGUCUUAGCGGAGUGAGUCUGAUCAGCAGCUCGUCCUCAGGAACAACACCUGUCUCGUCCAUCUGGAGUCCCGCUCCAGUUUCGCCACUCCCUGCUCCCUCCUCGCUACCCGACAUCUCCCCCCCGGCCAGCGCGUCCUGCAUGCAGAGGGCCAUCUCGGGCGCCGGGAGCUCCACAGGAGUGCCGUCAUAUCCCAUGCCCUACAAUCAGGCUCCCAGCUACGCCCAGGGCUACCCGACCUCGAACGCCGCCUCUUAUUUUGGAGGCAUGGACUGCGGAUCCUACUUGGCGCCCAUGCCAGGUCACGCCCACCAUCACCCGCACGCCCAUCACACACAGCUGAGCACCGCCCCGCAUCACCACAUCGGGCAGAGUGGCGGGCACCCGCACCACCCUCACCAGGGAUACGGCGGCACUGGGCUGCCUUUCAGCUCCUCAGACUGUCUGGAUUACAAAGAUUACAAAGAGCAGGCUGCCGUGGCAUCAUCAUGGAAACUGAACUUCAGUUCUGCGGCGGCGGACUGCUUGGACUACAAAGACCAGGCCGCCUGGCGUUUUCAGGUUUUGUAAGGACUUCUGAUGUUGUUUACUGACGUUUACUUGUUUGUUUUCCUUUGGAGAAAGUCCCUUCCUAAACAUCGGACACCACUGGGAAGAAGUAGUGACUUUUGUGCCAACUUUUUCCAGCCGUAGGAACAAGGGUUACCAAAGUUUCUUGUGCAUUUUAAAAUCGAGACGGGUUCUUCGUCACCCUCAAUGGACAGAGGAAGAAGCGAGGGCCAAAUAUGUCGCACUCCCGGCACGACGCACUGAACGAAAGAGACACGUGGUGUUUGAAACAAUGAAGGCAAUAAUAAUUUUAUAUAUGAUUUUCUUUACAGAGGAAAAGGUGACUUGCGCCUUACAGCUCAUGUGAGAUGUUAAAAACUAAUUUGCAUUCAUGUUCAUUUAAUAAAUAUAAGCUUA